UUGAGGCUUGGAGCAAAUACGAGGCUGCGGGUCGGAGCUUGGGGGCUUCCCUGCCACGUCUUCACAGCGCCCUCCCCAGCCCCUGGACCCUCCUGGGACUUGUUCUCUCCUUUGGAGCGCGAGAUCCCAGAGCCCUCCCUCCCGCCCUCUGCAGCCAUGGUCUGGAAGAAACUGGGCUCUGGCAAUUUCUCCAGCUGCCCCAAUGGCUCGCACCAGUGGAUAUGGGACGUGUUUGGUGAAUGUGCCCAGGACGGCUGGGACGAGGCCAGCGUGGGCCUGGGCUUGAUCUCCAUUCUCUGCUUUGCAGCGUCCACCUUCCCACAGUACAUCCAGGCCUGCAGGACGGGGAACAUGGACCAGGCCUUGUCACUGUGGUUUCUCCUGGGCUGGAUUGGCGGAGACUCCUGCAACCUCAUUGGCUCUUUCCUUGCCGACCAGCUGCCCCUGCAGACCUACACGGCAGUGUAUUACGUCUUGGCAGACGUGGUGAUGCUGUCCCUGUACUUUUAUUACAAGUUUAAGAACCGCCCCUCUCUGUUGUCCACCCCCAUCAAUACUCUGCUCUUGUUCACCUUGGGACUGGUGUGCACCGCCCCGCUGCUGAGCAGCGCUGGCUCUGUGGCUGCCCCGAGGGAGGUCUUCAGGGGGCGGAAGCUCUUGUCUGUGGAGCCGGGCAAUAAGCCCUUCACCCGGCAGGAAAUCAUUGGCUUUGUCAUCGGCUCUGUCUCCAGCGUGCUGUACCUGUUCUCCAGGCUGCCUCAGAUCCGCACCAACUUCCUGCGCAAGUCAACCCAGGGGAUCUCCUACUCGCUGUUCGCGUUGGUGAUGCUGGGGAACACACUGUAUGGGCUGAGUGUGCUGCUCAAAAACCCAGAGGUGGGCCAGAGCGAGGGCAGCUACCUGCUGCACCACCUGCCCUGGCUUGUGGGCAGCCUGGGCGUGCUGCUGCUCGACACCGUCAUCUCUGUGCAGUUCCUAGUCUACAGGAACACUUCCACCUCAGAGCGCCAGCCCCUUCUCCCAGGCUGACCUGGACCCAGGCCACGCCCAGGUGACCAGGAUCUCCAGAUGCCACACCAGGAGAGAGGUGUGGGCAGUCACAGUGCUGUGUGGAUUCUGGACUAGCCUGUGGGGGAAGCCCUGGUCAGGGGCCUGGUACUCCUGACCCAGCCGCCUACCCCCAGGCUUCCAAAACCUCAAGGGCUGACUCCUCCAAAGCCUGACUGACUUGACCUCCAGGAGCAAGACGGCCUCUGCCCUGUCCCUGCUAGAGACUCACCCCUCUCCCCCCAGGGUCUGAGGCAGCUGUCCCUGGGGCCUUGAGGGCGGGGCUGCAGCUGGGACCACACCCCUGAGAAAACCUCCGCUCACCUACCUCAUUCUGCCCCUCACCCCCUGGGGCAGCACCCAGGGCUGUCCUGUGGACCGGCAGCCAGCCUAGUAAACGGUCCUUCCCAGCCAGGCCUGUUCUGUGACUCCUUCCCAAGGUGCUGGGACCUGGGCUGCUCUGGGAACCGCGGUGGAGGGGGGCCUGGGCUCCAGCUUCCAGGGCCCAGGUGGGGGUCGAGAGGGUCAGGCUGUGGGACAGCCCAGCAGGAGGGGACCACAGCUGCCGGCUGGCCUCCCGGUGGCCUUGUUUCUUCAACCUGCUUGCUCCUCUGCGACAGGCUGCACACCUGGUGGUGGAGACACAGCAGUGAGAAUGACACUCCAGCAGGGCACCUGCACCUUGGAGCUCAGGAGGAGGCAGAGUGGUUAAGGUGCAGAGCUUGGUUCUGUAUUUGACCCGUUCUGUGCCUCAGUUACUCUAUCUGUGAAAUGGGGUGACAACAUUACCGCUUUAUACCUGCUUACGAGAUGGUGUGAUUAGGGGGUUAACCCCAAAGGCUGGCACGGAAUAAGAACUCAAGUUUAGCUGCGAUAAUUCUUAGUUGGAGGAAAGGGACAACCAGAUCUCCCUGGAGGGAGGCCUUCCUGGAGGAGGCAGUAUGGCCAAAGGACGAGCAGGGCAUGGCAGGGGCAGAGGAGUGUUGCCGGGGAAGAGAAGGGACAAGAGCAGAUGGGGAGGGAGGAGAGGAAGGCAGGGCCCAGGCCUGAGCGGAAACUGAGUUUUUCUUGCAGACUCCAUUCUGGUCCCCUGUCCCUGUUGGUGGUGACCUUGUGGGUGCCCGAGGCAGAGGGGCCACUCUGCCCCGAGCUACCCUGCUCUCGCCCCCACACCCUUCUUCAGGUCCCCAGUGGCGGGAGCUAUCGAUUGGCUGGGGGAGAAGCUGACCCUUGGCCUUUUGACCCCAGCCCAGGAGAAAGCAAGGAGCCUCCGCAGCUCGGGGCCGGCGAUGUGGCGAGGGGUGCUGUGGCUUAGUUUGGGGCUACAAAUACUCAUGGAGCACAGUCCUCCACACUCUGUGCUGGAAGCCUGGGGUGCAGGAGCCUCCCCUCAUCCCUGCCCUUAAGAAAGGCAGGACUUGCCAGGCCCUGGUGAGAAGGGGUGUGACGAGAAGGUACAAUGUGCCAUAGAAAUGUGGAGACAACCAGGGAAGGCUUCACGGAGGAGGAGCCCUAGAGCUGAAUCUUGAAGGCAGAGGGAAAGGCGUGUGCAAAAGGCCCUGGAGUGGGAGCCUGGGCUGCUGUCAGGUGGGGUCGUGGGGGUGGGGCCCGAGUAGAGGCUCACAGCAGGUGUCCGGGUUUGGGGAGGGAAGAGGGGGGAGUUGGGAUGGGAAGGCCAGGGACCGGGCACCUCUGAGGUUCAGGUGGGCAGUGAGGGUGAAGGGGGCCAGUGUCGCCCUGCCCUGCGGUGUGCCUGUGAAGCCCCGUGUGCGGGCUGGCAGCAGCUCACACGUGUACUGAGCACUCACCGUGUGCAUGGCCAGGCUGUGGCCUCAUUCGCUCCUCGAAAGCCUGGGGUGGGUGUGUGCAGAUGGCCAUGUAACAGAUGGAAAGAUGGGCUUUGUGGGUUGAGCAACUGGCCCAAGGUCGUCCAGCUGGGCCUGGCCGCUGUUUGAACCACAUCAGGUCUCAGCUACAGGAGUCAUCCCACACUUGGUGGGAGUUGGGGGCCUCCUACCCUGGCUAAGGGCCCAGCCUCAGCCUCAGCCUCAGCCUGGGGUUGGGGGCGGCCCAACCCUGGUGGGCUCAGGCUCCCUUUGACACCACCCCGAGCAGUGACCCCCACCCCCUGGCCUCUGGUCUGUUCCAUGCCCCAGGCCCCAGUUGGCUCUGGUGCAGGUCCCCUUUGCCAGCCAGCUCUCUGGCCCCUCCAAGGGCUGUGACCUGGCCUAGUCACCUGGGGCCAGGUGGCGCCCUCAUAGCCUAAAGACCUGGGAUCUGGUGUGGCGACACAGCCCCCUGAACUAGACCUGGGUGAGAAAAAAAAAAUGAAAUAGCACAGCCCCCUGCACACCCCACCCUGGGAAACCCUUCUCUGAUGGGGGCACACCACCCCUUCCUCCACGGGAAGCCCCAGCCUGAUGAGGAGACAUGGUCCCUGCCUUGUGGGACCACCCUGUCCAGUGGUGAACAGGGUGGUGCCAGGCCCUGGCACAUGGCAGGUGUCUGGUAAAUAAGUGGUGGCCACUUCCGCUUAUCCAAUACCUGGCACCUCCCUGGGUCGCUCCCAGAGGCAAAGCGCCAGGCUGGGGGGUUCCCUUGUGCUGACUGUGCCGUGCUUGCUGGGGGUGGGAUCCGUGGGUCAGGGGUCCCCGAUGGGUUUCCUUUCUCCCCCUGCUCACACACCUCCAGCUCCGCACUGCAGGCAGUGGGCAGGAAUCUGCGCAUCUCCAGGUGUGGGGAGGUGCGGGGCCAGCUGCUUGGCAGGCAGAUGGCAUUCUGCAAAAGGCAGGACCGCCCUGCAGCCCCGUCCUCAGCACCCGGUCCUGGGCCCUCCCAGACUGGGGUGCCCCUUGAUUGUUUAGCAAACCUGGGGUUCUCUGAAGCCUCAGCUCGGACGACGCAGCCUUCCGUGCCUCGAAAUGAGAAAGGGGGGGAAGCCCACAAUUCAGUCCUCUUCACCCCUUUUCCUGUUGGACUUGGCUCUCACCGGAGCUGGGUGGUGGGACCCUAGAGUCCCUGGGAACAGCCAGGUGCUGCUGAGUCCUGACCACCCAGAUGUCCCAGCACCAACCCGACCAGGUCAGUGUCAGCCCCGUGGCGGGGAACAGGGAUGGCCUUUUGCUUCCAAUUAACUCAACUAAUAAGUAAUGGUCAGUCCCCCAGCCCCGUGGCAGACCUGAUGGUGACAAGUCUGCCCACCCACACUAGAUAGUAUAGGCAGAGACUUCUGUCCUGGCCACCAUCGUGCCCCCAGCACACAGUAGGUGCUCAGUAAAUGCCUGGUGAGUGGAUGAGUGGAGUGGGUGCCUGAAACACUGUCCCUUAGGGAGGGAGGGAGGGAGCUGGGCAUGCAACUGAGCACAAGUGAAUUGGUCCUCCCCCCCCCGCCCCCGUUCCUGAAUGUAUACACUUUAAAUGGGUAAACUGUCUGCCUGUGAAUUAUGGCUCAAUAAAGUGACUGGAAAGAAGAUAGAAUUGGCUGUUAUUACGGUU